GUACUGUAAAACAAACCGUAUCUCCAACUGCAAUGUCAAAUUAUGGAAUGACUCUGUUGCCUUUCCUCGUAUAACGUUUACUAAAAUUGCAUAUCCUGCAGUUAUUCUUCAAUCGAUUCUUGUAUUAUCAUCUUCUCUCAACUGAUGUCUGCUUCUGGAGCUCGUGAUUAUAGUCUUAGCUCCAAUGUUUCGCUUCAACGAUGUCUUGGGAGGUUCAUAUACAUUUCAUAUUGUAUAUUUUCUCCUCAUUAAAUGGCUGAGGAGGACAUAAAGUCCCCCGCGACCUCGGGAACAAUCAAGACAGAUGAAGGAAAUUCUGCAGGAAAACCGAGGUCUUCGAAAAGUGGAAGAACCCCACACCAUCUCAGGGCUCCAGGGCGAUCAUGCCAUGAGUACUGCAAAUAUGGAGGGACACAGAUAUUCAAAACAAAGCCAAGAAAUCCGAUGCGGGGGAAGACGACCAGGAAGCUGCCCGACGAACUGCUUUUGGCAGAGGAUGCAGUUGAGCCAGGUUCAGCGCGAAAACCGACAAUUAACCUCGAGGUUCCAUCAGAUUUGGAAAGCCAAACUUCUGAUACAGCUAAUGUGGGCAAACAAGAAGGACCGGCCCCUGACCAUGCUGGGGUUAAGUUCAUGGCAAAAGGGAAGAAGAAAUCAGAGGUUGAGUUGAAAUCUUCACGCAGCUCAAAAACCCAAUUCUCCGAUCUGUGUAAAAAAGUGAAACCGGGCAUGGCAUCAACUGGAAAAAAACAAUUUUCUCCGGGAGCCUCAGCGAUGUUCUCAUCAGAAACAUACUCAAGGUCAAUGAAGACGAAAAUGGAACCCUUAGGAGCCAAGCCAGUGUCAUUGGCUGACUCAUCGGGAGAAUCAAGCCACAGAAAAAAGAAUAGCAUCACGACAAGCAGGGACACUAGGACCUCCAAAGUAGCAGCAAUGAAUCUGUCAGUAUCCUCGACUACUUCUAAUUCCCUAGAAUUUUCUUCUCGAUCUCCAAGCAUGAGACCAAGAAAGGCCAUAGCCAGUAAAGUUAUGUUCCCUCUGAAGAAUCAGAAAAAAAAUCAAAAUAGCAGCAAGAAUGCUGAAGUCGUACAAAUCACCAAAGAAGUGGCGGUCCAGGAGAAGACCCUUCAUGUCAUUAACAAGGAGACUGAGCACAUACCUUCAGAAUUUACUUCUACAACUACCACUUUUGCUGUGGAUGACCAAAAUGGAAGCGCUGUUAACAUGUCUCCAGAUCAAUCCUUGUUACUGCCCCAGCAUCUAUCCCUCCCAAAAUGUCCAACUCCAAAAUCACAUGAAGAAGAAUUCCAUGAGUCUUCUGAUUAUACAGACGAUAAAGGAGAAGGCUGCUCUGAUUUUGGUCAUGGUGAAUCUGAGAGUUCAGUACGAGCAGGGACUUCUCAGAGGCCAACACAAGAUAGGACAAAUUCCGCGAAAAAUGAAACAUGUAAAGCUGUGAAUCUUAGCUUGAGGAAUGGCAAAGUGGUGGUUGGCACUCAAGCUGGAAGCAGUAGUCCAAGGAAGCUAAAGAUUAGACGAGGAAGAGCUUUUGGAGAGAACCAAAAUCCGAAGGCUGAUGCCAGAAGGAGAACCUUCAAGAGAAGAGAGGAAACUGAGGGUGGCAAGCAUAGCAGCACACCGAGUUCCAUAAAAAUCACCUUGAAACAUCAAGAUGUCCGAAAGGAGAAAGAAGGCCGGAGACUGUUCAACAAUAUGAUUGAAGAAACAGCUAGUCAACUGGUUAAGACCCGGAAGAGUAAGGUGAAGGCUUUGGUUGGCGCUUUUGAAACAGUGAUCUCCCUUCAAGAACCAAAAGACUUGGUGAAGUAGGCAAUUGAAAGGUAUGUGCAGAGAUCAUUGCAGAGUUUGGCAACGAAGUAAGUCCAAUAACAGAGAAUGAAAGACAUGAGAUUUACUUAGAUCAACAAUGAUGCUGCAAAUCAUACAACAGAGUGCUUGGGUUGGGUUUAAGUCUUUUUUGUGUUCUUUACUGUGAUAUUUCCGUGUAAUGGAAAUGCAGUUAGUUUAACAGCCGGUACCAUAAAUGGUAACCUUGAGGUGUAAAUUCAUUUAGUUGCAUUCAUUUGGCUUUGCUCUGGAUCUUUGAAGUACUGGCUUUAGUUGCACACCAUUUCUUCAUCUUUA